AAAGCACAGCUUGCUGGGCCAGCAAAGUAGAAGAAAAUAAGUUUCUUGAAACAAAUAAAGAAAACAUCAGCUUUCUAAACCAAAACAAAGCACGUAAUAGUGCCAAAAAGUCAACAAACCUACUUCAAGUAAACAACAAACAACAAUGGAGUCACAUGCCUUCUGAUGAUAAUCUAAGACACGUGUCUGGUAGCAACACAUCAGAACACACACAAGAUGAUGAAAACACUGUCCAACCUCAGCAAACACCAGAACUGGAAUUCCAUGCAGAUAACCCAUAUAUUGAUAACUCAGCAGAAUGGGCUCAAAUAGAAAGACCUAUAGAGGAAUUAAAUUUACCACAAUCCCAAACCUGUAAUGAACAUGUAACCCUAGACAACUUGUCUCAAAACUUUAACAAUACUGCAACUUUCCCAACUGACAUGCAUGUUGAAUCUUCAACCAAAAACCAAUCCUUUGACUCAACUGAGAGCAAGGCAAAUGCUGACUUAACCUCCAAUCCAAUUCCUAUGAAUACAUCUUUAGAGUCAGAUGAAGCAGAAUUUACACUAGUUACUUCUAAAAAUAAAAGAAAUAAGAGCAAAAAGAAGGAUCAGGACAGAACGACUGGUCCAAGCAAAAGCAAGGAGUUCCUUCAGCGAGGCAGCUCCAAGCUAG